CCGUGCUCACGUGUCCGAGAAAAGUUCGACUAAUACGUUUUUGAUCUCGACUUGGUGGGAUGCAUUUGUACAAAACAGUUAUUUCUUGGUUAAAUUAUAAUUAAAGUAUAUAGUGUGAGUGUUUUUUAUAAAUUAAUGAGAAAUAUGGAGCAUACCGCAAAAGAAGAAUGUCAACAAAGUACAAGUAAUUGUACAAUUGACGAAUUAGAUGAAUAUUCAUUAUUGGGUAUAUUUAGCUAUUUAGAACCAAGUGAUCUUCUAAACAUAGCGCAAGUUUGUCGUCAAUGGGAGCAACUCUCUCACGAGGCAUGGAAAAAUGUUUCGAAAAUGCAAUUUUUCAACUUCACAAAGCAACAAAAAACCACGGAUAAUGUAAAAAAAAUAUUUCCCUAUUUGAAGUACAUACCUCAUGUUUUUUUGUACACGGAGGGUUUUCCCUCGAUUACCAAAAAAGAGUUCACAAAAUUCCUGAAUCAAAUUUUCGAAAUACUGAGUGAAUCUGAAAAUAAUAGGUUGAAAAGUAUUGAGUACGACGUUCGAAUUUCACGAAACUUGGUGCAAAAAUUGUUCAAAGCAAAUAUCCGUAAUUUAGAAGAAAUCGAUAUUGAACCUUACGGUAAUCGUAUCGAAAUUGCACAUAUCAGCCAUUUGAUACCGUACGCUGAUAAUUUAAAAGAAUUUCAUUGGUCGAUAAAAACUGAAAAAGAGCAUUCACUUUUGUUGCCCACAUUAAGAUCUUUACCAAAAACAUUGAGGGUAUUACAAAUAGCUUGUCUAUAUAGCAUUGAAAAACCCAUUGAUGCCGAGUCAUUGAUCAAGCAUUUGAAUCAAUUUCCACAACUGGAUGAUUUGGGGUUGUACAAGUUCGAUUUUAAAUUGAAAAAAGCAACACCAUUUUACACUACUGCACGGGAGCUUCAUUUCAAUGUCAGAAUGUACGAUACGGGUGCAGUUUGCGACUACAGUUUUCUUCCGACAGAUCCACAAUUGAAAAAAUUACUACUCGAGAGUGGCCUCUUGACCAAUGAGAAUAUGGAUUUUAUAUUGAAAAAUUAUUCCUCGUUGGAGUGGAUCACAUUGAUUCACGUAGACACAUCCGAGGCUCAGAUCGGUCGUUUGUCCGAACUAGGUAAAUUGAAAACUCUUCGUUUGGUGAGCAUCCACCAUUGGACAGGGAGCACCUUGAAAUUUUUCCCCGAUCUAGAAGAGUUUCAUAUCAGCGGAUGCUUCGAUUUGGAAAUGCAGCAUUUGUUCGAUUGGCUUUACACGGCAAAGAACCUGAAAUCACUCAGCUUGAGAGAGAAAGAAAUUGAUUUGAAUUUGUUGAAGGAGCAUUUGAAAAAAAGUCGUCCUAUUAGAAUUCACAAAUUAGUUCUUAGGAUAUGGAAACUCGAUGAAUCGUACAUUGAUCUGAAUAGAUAAUUAGAAAGAAAACAUUAAAAAUUUUUU